AUGAAGUACUCCGCUGUUCUCCUGGCUCUCGCCUCUUUCGGCGCGGCUCAAGACUUGACCGUCCCCGUUGUCUCUGCCACUGAGACUGGUGCCAUAGCCAGCGGCGUUUCCUCUAUUGAGAGCGAGGCUUCCAACAUCGCCUCCCAGGCAUCGAGCCUCGUCUCCUCCAUCGAGGGCGCCGCCAGCUCCAACAUCGCUUCCAUCACCUCUAAUAUUGGCUCCGGCAUUGCCUCCCUGUCCUCCGACCUGGCCACGGCCACCGGCUCUGCUGCUUCCGCCUCCAUCUCUUCCAAGAUCGCCAGCCUGAGCAGCGCCGGCGCCUCCAAGGUCAGCUCGGUGCAGAGCGCCGCCAGCUCCGCCCAGACCAGCGCCACAGACAAUGCUGGCCCGCUCCAGACUGCCGCCAUCGGCAUGGGUGCGCUGCUCGGCGGCGCCGCUCUGAUGGCCAACCUGUAA